AUGGAUAAAUCAUCGUUUCCACCGCAGGAUUUGGCUAAAUUAGUUCUUGGAUACCUCGCGGAAGAAGAGUUAAUGACGGCCUAUGAUGAAUUUCUCCAAGCUAGUCCGUAUUUGGACGCUUACGAAAAUGAGUAUGAUAGAAUUCUAAUGACGUCUCUCAGGAGUAUUUUGGCAGACUAUAGGGCCGUUAAAAUUUAUGUGGAAUCUUGUAAACCUCCCCCAUUAAGAAAAAAGUUGCUUCAAUGCUACAAUGUGCUGGAAAUGGUAAAAUAUCUCAUAACUGUGGUAGAUCUUCAAAAAUUACCGAGUCUGGAAAAUAUAGAUAGAAGCAGUUUCAGUAAAUCAAUUGCAAUGCCAAGAUUAUCAUGCAAUGUUUGUAUAACUAUGAAUUCAAAGAGUUGUGUAUGUAAAAAUAAAAGUUUGACUACUGAAGAUAAACAACUGAGUACUGCGGAGAUUAACUUACACAGUUCUGUGGAAGCAACACCCUUAGCUGAUUUGCCAGGAAAUGCAUUGUCAUCUAAAAGAGUGGUACCUGAAAAAGAAACAAAAAAAUUUACAAAUUUAGAACAAACAAAUUGUAAUUUAACCUGCAAUUCCUUAACAAAUAUCACACAAUCUAUAAAUGAGAGUCUAAAUGUGAAUUUAAACCAAAAUAACCAACCACCAAAAGUAGUUUCUGAUUCCAGACAGAAGAUAGAGGAAUUCAACACAAUACUUAAUUUAGUAUGUAAUAAAAAUGUCACAAAUGAAAAGCUCUGUGAUAACUUAGUUUCGAAUAGAGGGUCAAAUGCGACCACUAUUCAUGAUUUUAUUUCUGGUGUUCAAGGGAGUAACCAUGACAAGGAGAUGAGGGUCCCUGACUCGAGUACAACAGACCCAGUGUACAUACCCAUAGAACCCAAGCCAAGUGAAACAAUAAUAACAGUCCAUACAAAAUAUACACCCAAAAUUGGAAGUGACACACAAAAACGUAACAAACCAGAUAGCAACGUAAAAAUUUUGUCUGACGUAAAAUUUGACAAUUCCUACGCAUAUGGUUCGGCUCCGGCAGUUUUAAAAGCCACUUCGACACCGACCGUGACCAACACGAAAAGGCUUCUAAUAAACGGAACCCCGGGGUUCACGCAAAAAGGCGUUGUGAAGAAGUGUAAUUUUUCUAAGGACGAAAUAAUGGCAAUGCCAACUUUAAUAAUACUACCCACAUCAGGUUCAACUAACUUAGUGAGUGAGCCCAAAGCAGAUAUGAAUAAAACCACCACUACGACUUCUACUACCUUGUCCAAGUGUGAGCCGCUUUUUGUCGAUGUUUCUUCGAGUAUGCCUUCAUUGGCUAUAUCUGAUGACCCUAUUGACAACGAUAAUAUAAUGACAAAUACUAAAAACUUCAAUGAAAUUGGUCUUAUAAAAACAGUUGAUCCUGUAACUCACGCUUCCCUUCCCAAAGACAACACAAUAUCAACUAAAACUAGUACACCCCAUGUUUUGCCUCCUAUUAGAAAGUCUUCCUCGACUCCAAGAAGGACGUCUCAUAUUAGAGUUCUGGAUUUUAAUACACCUAGAAGAAUAUUAGAUACAGCAAUUUUAGAAAAAGGUUCUAAUGACGACGAUGCAGUUGUUAUUAUAAGUGAUUCGCCUCUAGCGCCUAAAUUUUCUGAGGUAGAAAAAUCCCCUAAACUCGCGAAUGUGGUUAAGAAUUUAAAUAUAGAAAUGAAACAAGUAAGAAAACCUAAUUGGGACGAGGAGCUGCGAGCCCUGGUAGCUACAAACCAAGAUCUUUUUCCACCAAGUUCUCUAAAAACAGAUAAAAAAGGCAAAAGAAAAAAGAAAAAGACUGAUGGAGAAAACUCUGAUGAAAAAAGUAGUUCUGUAAAAAGAAAAAAAUCAAAAAAGAAAAAAGACACCAAGACAAUUGAGGAACCACAAUCAAAGAAACAGUUACCAAUAAAACCAACGAUAAAAAUUGUAGCAGCUGUAGAGUCAGAAUCUCACAGUGAACCAGAAAAUGAUCAAUUUAUAAAUAAACAUAGUGAGGAAAAUUUUGAUACUCCUGAAAAUGAGCGCUUAUCUUUGCAAAAUGAAAUUGGAGUGAAACUGAACAUAUCUGAUUUACUUGAAACUCCAUAUAAGCAAGCAAUGUAUGAUAUUCAAAUGGAAACACCUAAGUUCUUAGGGCCUGACUUACCUGAUGAACCAAUUUCAGAUAUAAAAAUUAUGAAUAUACCUACACCAAGACUCUUCGAUAAUCCUAAUCCAGCACAAGCUACCCCAUCAUCUUAUUCGUCUCGACCAACCGAUUAUUCCAGUGGCGGGUCUUAUUAUAAACCAGAUGAUCACGAUUAUCCAAUUCCCGAUAUUAGUGAACAUAAAAUAGAUGAACCUCCGAAAACUCAAGAAUUUAAAACAACUGAUCCCAAUAAGGAAACUAGUGAAAUAAAAACAACAACAAAAUCGAGAAGACCAACUAGAAAGUGUACUAAAAACGUAUCAUACUACAAUAGUCCCAAUUUCACAGCAUUUUCAAAGCCAGUUAAAGCAGCAAGCAGGGAUGUUUCUACAGAGGAAGUAAAAACAUCGUCAGUAAAGUCUGAGCCUACCGAUGUAAAAAAGAGAGGCCGACCUUUUAAAAAUAAAGCAACAAAACCUGAAAAACACAAGUCGUCAUUUAAAAGAGACGUCACAAAGAAUUUUAUGAGGAUAAAGCCAAGACGUGUUACACCCAUAAAGGAUCCAAAAAAUAGGAAAUCUUUAUAUGAUAUCAGUCUCAGUGCCAAAAAGAGGAAUUUAAUAAAAGAAAAACUCAAUAAAACUUCUCCAAUGGUAGUUGCGCCUUCAAAAUCGAGAAGAAAAUCUUCAACACCUCGAAAACUUCAGUGUGGCAAAGUAUUUCAUUCGUCGACGUCAAGUAAUACAUCUCCAGAUAUUCCUGAAACAACUACAAUUAAAAAUAUCAAUAUAUGUAUAACACGUGAUAACUCUGUCGAACAGAAACUUCUUCGUUGGUAUGAUGAUGUCUCAAAAAACAAUAAGGAAGUAGAAAAUAGGAAAACUACUACAAAAGAAGAGGAAGGCAGUAGAGUUAAAAUCAAAGAAUACAUUGAAAAUCCGAAAUCCGAAUUAAACCCUAGCACUAGAAAUUUUCAUAGUGAUUUGGUCAAGAGAGGUUUGGAUGUAGAAACAGCAAGAAUAAUAGAAAGAGAUCUAAUGGAUCUGGACGGACCUCCGCUUCAAGACGGGGAUGUUCAAUCUACAAGUAAUGACAUUAUCGAGGAAAACGUUGAAAAGUGUCCUUCCGAUAGUGUCAAAAGUGAUUUAAAUGUAAAUAAACAAAAUGUCGACCCAAUUACAAAAAAUACAGACACCUUACCUGAAAGCGACGAAGAAAUUGAGGACAUAGAAUUUAGUGUUUGUGAAAGCAACGAAGAGUCCAAUAAUUAUUUUGUUCAUAAAUUUGAUGAAGCAUCAUUCACGCCAAAAGAUAUAGUAAAUUUAAAAGACAAAUUUUGUAUGGAAGUGUGCAUAGAUGAUGGUGUAAUUCUAAGGCUAAAAGCAACAAAUUUCACUGGGUUAGUCAAUGAAGAACCCAUAAAUAAAUCUUAUGAUAAAAAUGAAAUAGAUUCCGCUGUAACGUCUAUUUCAAGUAUUGAGAAGUUAUAUACGCCUAUGAAAGAUAGGCGAGCUCAGUGUUAUGAACUUUUUGAUUCCACUUUAACAAGUAUAGAUACACCGUUGAAAGCGAAUAGUCCGAAGAGACAGGAACACGACGACUCUAUUACUGAGAUUAUAGUAGAUGAAGAAAUUGUCAAUACUAAAAAAAGGAAAAGGGUGCAAAGUCAGGACGAUAGUGUAAAUAUGAAAAAAUACAAAAGCGAUUCCCAAUAUUUACUGAAUCAUGCUAGUAUACAAAAUAUUGAUAUAGAAUCGGUAUUAAGUAAAUUACAUGGUCCAUAG